CAGAGCAAACGGUCGCGCGGAGGAUUUGAGUUUUGUUUGAAUGACCGGGGCCGGAGCGAGUGGGAGCGAGUCGGAGCACACGGAGGGUUUCUAAGUUUUAGCAAUGCAGAAAUGGCAGCGAAGAAAAACCUGUUGGGGCCAACGGAUUCAGACUCGUCGUCUGUGAGCGACCAGUCUGCGUCCAACCGGAGCGUUAACCGGAGUCUGAGGGUGGCGGAGAAGGAGCGGAGGAAGAACGAGGCGGAGGACCCGCUGGUUCUGGCCCUCAAGUACUUCUCUGACGUCGAAGCAGGUACUCCAGUGGUCGGGAACGAUGAGUUUGAGAAUAACCUGGUGCUGGUGGAGAGAGCGGCCUACAGUAAAGGUCUCUCCUCAGAGGCCGUGGCUGUCAUGCUGGAGUUUGCCAUGAGCCUCCGAAUGGGAACUAGUCCAUGUGUGCGGGUGCUGAAGUGUCUGAUUCCUUCCACCGUGGUUCCCCAGGAGGCUGUUGUUCGGGCCGUGGUUUGGCUGGGUGUUGGCAAAAUACCCAUCAGCACACAAGUACUUUUUAUAAAGUGGGUGUUGACCGUAUUUGAUAUGAUUGAUGCAAAAGACCAGCUUCGAUCGAUCUAUGGCUUCAUCUUCAGCUUUGUCACAGAGGAAAAUCUGUGUCCUUUCAUUUGCCAUCUGUUGUACCUUUUGACCAGAAAAGAAAGUGUACGAGUCUUCAGAGUGCGGAAGCUGCUGGAGCUACAGUCUAAACUGGGAAGGCAACCGUUCCUUCUUCAUCUACUGUCACUUUACAAAGUGUUUUGCCCUGAACUCGUGACUCUCUCCGUUCCAUCACGAAUGAGGAGUGGGUUUAGGAACCACAAUUCCCCCUGGAAAUCGGCAUUGAUUGCUGUCCAGAAGAGGAAUGGUUCCCAGGUGGCCUCCAGCUCCAGUCUGCCCUUCACAAUUAAAGAUAUGAGCAGCUCUCGGAAAAGGAAACACGGUCACCUAGAGUUGCCGGUGUUGAGUUCGCUCGUCAAUAAACAAGCUCAGACUGAGUCCUUCAGCAGGAAGUUGGUCCCCCUGGUGCAGCUCCACUCCUUUACUCAGCUCCUGGAAAAUAUGCACCGUAUAGAGCUGCCUGCUCAGAUGGGCUCCCUGCUGGGCUCCAGCCUGGCACUGCAGUACUUGGACUGUGUACAGGAUGAGUCUGCCCUCCUACGCCUCAACUUCUGGCUGGGCUAUGCUCUCCACGAAGAAUUCUUGUUCUGUGGUGAUGGAAGAGCCUCCCAGAAUUCAGAGGAAGCUCUGCAGUUUCUGGACAAGUUGCUGUCCACCCAGCACUUUCUGCAGGAAGCGUUUUCCAGUUCAGAGGCUUUCUUGUACAAAUUUCUCAGUGUGUGGGACGGCUCCCUCCUCCGCCCGCAGAUCCUCAGCCUGCUCAGCCACAUUCCUGUUGUCCCUAGUGCCCAAAUCGGACGGCUUCUGUUUGAGCCCCUCAUGCAGCUUUUCUUCACAUCCUCGCUAUUUUUCAAGUGUGGACUCAUUGAGUGUCUGAACAAUAUGCUAUUGAAGUGGCUGACCUGGCAUUCGGUGUACGCUCUGGAGGACGACUUGGACAUCAGCCUCAACAGCCACACCUCCAUAAACAUGACGCUGUCGGGGUUCAAGGACUCGGUGAUGGAGCUGGUUCACUUUGUGGGUCGACUGGCCUCUGUGGGGCUUCAGCUCGAAGGCUGCCACUCUCUCCUCCUCAGCUUCAUCCUGGACUUUUAUGAGACGGUGUGUGACACGUUUCUGAGGUACGGGCUCCCCCUCGUGGUGAUGCCCCCGCCUGCCGUUUUUUACCCAGUCCUGUUUUCCCCCGACCCCGUCAGCGUGGACCGACUGGCUUACAUCAUGUACAGGUACAAGGUGAACUUGACGUCGGCCAAGAGUCAAGAAAAAGUCACAGAGCAGGCCUUUCACAUCAGCCGCCAGACGUUUCGCGAGUUCAACAACUACGUGGUGGUCAUGGUCAACUGCCUGUGGAACUCCAAAAUGUUUCACCCAGGCAUGGGCGUGCAGCUGGGAGAGGAGCUGCUCCUCAAGAGCAACGUGCCACAAUACUGGACGAGUUUCGACCUGGUCAACCACCCGGCUUUCUUGAGCUACGCCGUCGACUUUCAUCAGAGGUGUUGGCCCGGGAGAAAGGACGUGGACCUCAAUUCCAUAAAGCAUUCCAAGCCAUGGAGCUGGUACCUGGAGUACCUGUACAGUCAAGGAUAUGACGGCCUGAAACAGUUUGUGCCGGCACCGUAGCCAGAGGAGACUUCAUGAACUCUGACAACCGCAUACUGGCCUUUUUUUUGCGUUCACUGCUUAUUAAAAACUACAGGAAUGAAAUGAAAUAUUAUUGAUAUUUCAUUUGAACAAUACUGUUGGAUAGAAUUCAUAUAAUUUUUUUACAAAUUCAAACAUUGUGAGCCGCUGCUGCUCCUGUUGCAUUGAUGCUUUUGCAAGAUUCGUAAUAUUUUUCCGAUGUUAAUUUUUUUGUAUCUUAGCUAAAACUACAGCAUUUCUGUUACGCCAACACUUUGUCACGUAUUUGUACAAAUUACAUUCAUAAUGCAACACGCCUGCCACAACAGAUCAAUGGGCCAAAUGUAGGACACUAAACAAAGUGUAAUAGGAAACCAUGUGGAAAGCUCAUUCCCUACGCUUUAAUUAAAACAUGAUAUUGUGAUUAACAGGGACCAGGAGAGUGAGGGGGUGUAACAAGCACCCUCACCAUCCCUCCUCGCUCUCGCAGCUAUGAAUGAGUGAGUGAUACAAAGACCGUACACAUCGCAGUGAACGCACUAAUUGUUCAUUUGUCUCAUUUUGUUAUUUUUUAAAUUAUUAUUUGAUUUUUGAGAGGAGGGGUGUGUGAGAGGACGGGCAAUGCACCCGUCAACCCACCCUGGUAACAGGCCCAUUUUUUUUUCUUCAGCUGGAAACUGACAACAGGCGACAGUCUGUGUACACAGCAGAGCUAAACGCUCAACUCAUUGGAGAGGAAAAACAACCACUUGCAUCUUACUCAUUUUUUAAAAGACUUGUAAAUAUUUUAUCUUCCCUCUCUUCCAAGUGAGCUAUUUGCAAGCAAUCUGAGUGUGAUUUUAUGUUCAUAGCUUAAUCUGUGGUUAAUUGCUUUCCUUAGUUUAGACUUGUCCAUUCAGCAAUCCUACCCUGGCAGACAUUUGCCUGAAGCGGUGUCAUUAGAAGGUUUAAGAACAGUAAAUGCAUGUUUUACAGAGGACAGGGUGUAUUUAAUGCAAAAAACAAAGAUUAUUUUUUCCUUUUUUUGUAAUGAAAUCCCAGCCGCUCUCUGUUUAAUGUGAACACAUUGACCUUGGAUCUGCUAUUCUGUUCAAAAUCCAUUUUUUUAGCCUACUGUUUAUGAAUUUGUUAUAUUCUUGUACAGCUUGCCAUCUGCAAAACCUGACUCUUGCACCUUGCUGAAAAUAAAUAAGUGUAAGACUUUUAUUGUAGAAGCAAUUAAAAUUGCUUAUUAAUUA